CAGUGGGGAAGGCGGGCUGCAGCGCGGCGCCUGGCUGCUGGGCGCUGGCUUUAGACUACUUCAGAUGUAUAAUGAUCUAAAGAAACGUUACGUUAAAGAGAUCAAAACAAACCAGGACCAAAGUGAAGCAAUUAAAAAUCUCACUGGAUUUUGUACUGACAUGAAGCCCAAUGUGGUCCUUUGACUAGCCCCUACCACUUUCACCUGAGAGAGAACUGAGCCACUGGGAAAGUGACUUACACUGGUACUGCAAUGCUGAGUUCUAGCUUGACCACUGUGAAGAGCCUUCCUUUGAAGAAGAGGCUCUGUUUCCUGCUGAAACUUGUGUGCUUUGUCAGCUCAGUGUUAAUAUUUUGUGAAUUUUUCAUUUAUUAUGUGGUAAUUUAUCAAUGUCGAUGGCCAGAAGUGAAAGGUGGAGCUCACAUGGGUAAAAAAGAGACUUCAACUUCAGUCCUAAAGGCCAUAAUUUUAGCUGAUACUCAUCUACUUGGUGAAAUCAAAGGGCAUUGGCUGGAUAAGCUAAGAAGGGAAUGGCAAAUGGAGAGAUCUUUCCAAACUGCCUUAUGGUUACUGCAGCCAGAUAUUGUUUUUAUUCUGGGAGAUGUCUUUGAUGAAGGAAAAUGGAGCUCACCUCAGGCAUGGGCAGAUGAUGUCAGGAGAUUUCGGAAAAUGUUUAAGUAUCCAGUUUCUACCGAACUAGUGGUUAUUGUUGGGAAUCAUGACAUUGGAUUUCAUUAUGAAAUGACUACUUACAAGGUAAAUCGUUUUGAAAAGGUUUUCAACUUUACUUCAGGAAAGCUAAUGACUCGAAAAGGAAUAAACUUUGUCAUAGUGAACAGCGUAGCCAUGGAGGGUGAUGGCUGUUCCGUCUGCCGUACCUCAGAGGCAAAGCUUGUGUCGCUUUCUCACAAACUGAAUUGCUCCCAGCAGAAAGCGAAUCAUUCCAGCAAGAGGUGCAGUGAUGUGGAAAAGCUUCCAGCUUCAGAACCCAUCCUUUUACAGCAUUACCCUCUCUAUCGGAAAAGUGAUGCUGAAUGCAGUGGAGAAGAUUCUGCUCCUCCAGAGGAGAAGAACAUCCCAUUUAAAGAAAAGUAUGAUGUGCUGUCUCAAGAAGCAUCACAAAAGCUGAUAUGGUGGUUUCAUCCCCGUUUGAUUCUCAGUGGACAUACACAUAGUGCUUGUGAAGUGCUGCACGCGGGGAAAAUUCCAGAAAUCAGCGUCCCAUCAUUCAGUUGGAGGAAUAGAAACAACCCUAGUUUCAUCAUGGGCAGCAUAACACCAACUGACUUCUCCCUCCAAAAAUGCUUCCUUCCGUAUGAGAGCAGAGUCUUUACUAUAUACUGUGCAGCAGGUGCUCUGCUUGUAAUCCUGAUACUAGCUCAUUUUCAGCUUCUCACUCCACCAUUUUAUUUUGCUCAGCGUUUAAUCAGUAAGCAUAAAGCAGUAUGAAGAGCCAGACAUCUGCAUUCAGUCACUGAAAUACCAAAGCUGAGAACAGUCAAACAUCAGACUAUAUUCAUGCCAGCAAAUGACCUAAUUUGAUUGCUAGUCUGAAGGCAGGUUGCAUUUACACAUACCAUAGAAGUCCUAUACAGCUGAUAUGACUACUACAGGAUAAAUAAUUAACUGAAAUGAACGUUUCAUGCUGUACAAAAAUACUGUAUUCUACAAUCAAAUGAGUCCUUUUCCUGCUAUAAUUUUUGUAUCAAAUAUGUAUAUUAAAAGUGUAACUGUACAUUAUGUAAAUCCUAUAGCCUCAUCACUUAUCUGCACUAGUGUCUUACCCUGGUAGAGGCUGAGUCCUGCAAACUGGAAACGUUUCUCUGUUUUAUUGCUGCAUGGCCCUUCUAAUGUCAUACUUCUGUUUGUUAGGGUCAGGCAGAAAGUAGAUACAUCGGCACUGAGAAAUGUGGAUUUCCGUAACUUUUUUAGGAUGCCACAUGUAAGGGACUGUGGUUUGGGACAAGAAAUCUUCCAGUACCUGACACAUUAAAUUGUUAGCUGACUACAAUUUGCAGUUACCGUCUACCAGAUAACGGGAAGAAGCUCGUGGAUCCAGUUUGCUGAUACACACUUGAAACCUGCUUAAAAAAAAAAUAGGGUGACACCUCAAGCUGUUAUUUUUAAAAAGAUGUGCUAUGAUGAGCUUAAAAAAAGAGGGCCCUAUUGCAUCCCAGAGAUCUGUGUGGUGAGGGGCCCUCCAGUUGCCGAUCUUCUGCAAGAAGGAAGGUCAAAUACAGCUGCAGUAACAUUAUCCUGUGCCUUGGCCCUCAGUCUACGAACAGAUAGGGAUAGGAAUGCGCGUUAUUUUAGAUUUCUGCAGGGCCAGCGAGUUCUGUUAACUUAUUGUAGAGUCACAUUUUGAACUGCACUAGCUCCUCCAUGGGGAGGCGGGGGCCACCAGAUGGGCUGCAGCGCACCGCAGGGUGGGGCCACAGGCCUCUGCCUGGAGGUCAGCAUGGAGAAUGUAAAAUCUGAGCUCAGCGUCUUCACAUACUGUGUAUGAGGGAAGAGGUGACAAACCUAGUGCUUCUCGCCACCCGCCCCAGAAAAAACAGAAGGGAGUAUUUUAUGCCAGGACCAGUUUUCCUGCUGGCAUUCCUGCAGAGGCUGGGAGCUCUAGCCUGAACUCCUGGGCUGGGGGUUGAUUUUAAAGAAAAGACUAUCUUUUGUUAUUUGCGCUAUUACUUUCUUUGGCAUGGGAAGUGAGAGAAUCUUUGCAUUUGGGAAUUUUCUUUAUUAUUAGCUUAUUCCACCUAGCCUUUCACUUUCUGGGAAGUAUCUGAUGACCAAAUUGAACAUACAGAUAUCAAAGCAUACACAUUUCUGGGAAGAGGAAAUGGUCAUAUUAUAGUAUCUAAAAGGGGGGAGUUUAUCAUCAAAUAGAAACAAGUUCUCUAUUUGUCUGUAGUCUGAAUUUUAAAGGAUGAUUGAUGGGGGUUUAUAACUAGUAACAAUGCUUAUAGUAAAAAGUUAAUCAAACCUGCUGAUUUAUAUGCCAAUGUGGGGAAUGUGUUAGCUCUUAAUCUCUCCCUAAAUUUAAAAUGAAGUGGGGGGAAUAGUCCAAAGUGUGGUAAAACACUCUAUGAAGUAAUGUAGUCUAACACUUCUCUAGGUUUCUGUUAUUGCAACUGUAAUUUUAGACAUUUGUACAGGUUAUCUUGGACACAGGAAAAGUAUAUAGUCACAGACAUAAAACACCUAUGUAUAAAAUAUAAAGCAGUGUUAUAGUUACUAAAAAGGACAUGCCUUAUUGCUACAGCAAUUCUUGCUUUUUAUAUAUUGUACUGUACCACAACUUGUUUUGAGAAUGUCAUUUGCAUAAAUUAUUCAAGUUUGAGAAAUAUUCACACAUUUUGAUUCUACAAUAUUUAAAAUAAAACAAUUUUCUAAUGUGUCUCUUUAUUAAAAGAGAAAUAAAAAUGUCAUCUUGUAAUUCUCUUAGGCCAGACAUGAGGGUUUAUACACCUUUUUUUGUUUUUUCUUUCUCGCUAUUUACUUGCACAAUGAAAGCCGCUGUUGGUACAAAGAUUGAAGAGCUCUAUAUAAUGGUGCUUCACACGUUCACAAUCGGUCUGUGCAAUUGUGAAGUUCUAUGAAUGACCAAAGAAUUACGAAACGUAUUUCUAAAUAUAAAGGAAAAAAAAAAAAAUCCUUGGUUCCCAUUAAAACAACACCAGGUUGCAAUUUGGACACUUGAAUGAAUUCCAAUGUUUUAAAGCUGAGACUUCAAAAGAGAAAGGCAUGUUUGCUGCAACAUCCGGUGACUGUAAUACCUUACUUGGAAAGGUAAGUGGUUAAUUUGCAUAAUUUAUAAUUUUUAUACUAAAGAGCAUUUUUAUAUAAACCAGAAAAAAACCCCUAAACUCUACAGAUAAAGUUCUUACCUCCAGUCACUGCUGCAGGUAAGGUUGACAUCAAGCUGUACAGCGCAAUCAAAAACAUACUUACAUCUUAGCUCAUUUUACAGGUACAGCCAUAAUCAAGGCACAAAGAUCUUCUACAAGUAUUUUUCUUCAAUAAAGUUGUACAAAAUAAUAUUACAUUUUACAGUCUGUACAAUAUAAUAAACCAGCAGUAAAACAAAAAAAUAUAUAUAGGGAGAGGACUGUUGUCCAAGAAUGAUCUGGACUAAAAGGAUCAUUUGUGGACAGCACAACUAACGUGAGGGUGGUAAAUUUUCUGCCUAGAUGCAACAGGCUGAAAAGUAGCGGUAAUUCAAAUGCCUGAGGUGUGCAGAGACACUUAGCUCCAAAACCCCAGAGAAAUUGCUUUGUCUUCACUAUGCCUCUCAUUAUCUACUCUACUUCCUGUGCCAGGAACGGCUUAAAAGAGGAGGUCACUUUAUCAGUUGACCUGCAACUCAGAAAUGCUAAAAACUGUGACAGAGUAAUAAAUAUUGUGGUGCUGCUACAUUGUGUGUCUACUUCCUCAACAGUAUUUAAUAACCUGAUACAAAGUGCAUUAAUCUUUUUUUCACCCAUCAAGUACUCUUCAAUGUCGUGUUAAAAAGGAAACCCACACAGAGGAAUAGGUAUGACUUUAGUGUCAUCCAGCUGACAUACCAGUUUGAACUGACGUUAACCUGCUGGAAAAAAUUUAGCAGGCCACGUUCAGUUAAAAAAACAAAACCUAAGGGAACAGAGGUAGCCGAAGGGCUUAGUGGAAUGACGAAGAAGUGGCAUGUCAAAAUAAAGCACAAAAAUAGUCCCAAAAAGCAUGAAGAAAAACCAACCCAAACUUGCUUCAAAUCAGCUUUAAGGUUAAAUAAUUAAAGUAAACAAAGUGAAGAGACUGACAUUUCUAUAGUAUAUUCUUCCACCCUGUGUGGGGUAGUAUCAAGAGAAAGAGUAAGGAGCAAAGAAUUUAAAACCAC